CCUCCUCCUCCUCCUCCUCCUCCUCCUCCUCCUCCUCCUCCUCCUCCUCCUCCUCCUCCUCCUCCUCCUCCUCCUCCUCCUCCUCCUCCUCCUCCUCCUCCUCCUCCUCCUCCUCCUCCUCCUCCUCCUCCUCCUCCUCCUCCUCCUCCUCCUCCUCCUCCUCCUCCUCCUCCUCCUCCUCCUCCUCCUCCUCCUCCUCCUCCUCCUCCUCCUCCUCCUCCUCCUCCUCCUCCUCCUCCUCCUCCUCCUCCUCCUCCUCCUCCUCCUCCUCCUCCUCCUCCUCCUCCUCCUCCUCCUCCUCCUCCUCCUCCUCCUCCUCCUCCUCCUCCUCCUCCUCCUCCUCCUCCUCCUCCUCCUCCUCCUCCUCCUCCUCCUCCUCCUCCUCCUCCUCCUCCUCCUCCUCCUCCUCCUCCUCCUCCUCCUCCUCCUCCUCCUCCUCCUCCUCCUCCUCCUCCUCCUCCUCCUCCUCCUCCUCCUCCUCCUCCUCCUCCUCCUCCUCCUCCUCCUCCUCCUCCUCCUCCUCCUCCUCCUCCUCCUCCUCCUCCUCCUCCUCCUCCUCCUCCUCCUCCUCCUCCUCCUCCUCCUCCUCCUCCUCCUCCUCCUCCUCCUCCUCCUCCUCCUCCUCCUCCUCCUCCUCCUCCUCCUCCUCCUCCUCCUCCUCCUCCUCCUCCUCCUCCUCCUCCUCCUCCUCCUCCUCCUCCUCCUCCUCCUCCUCCUCCUCCUCCUCCUCCUCCUCCUCCUCCUCCUCCUCCUCCUCCUCCUCCUCCUCCUCCUCCUCCUCCUCCUCCUCCUCCUCCUCCUCCUCCUCCUCCUCCUCCUCCUCCUCCUCCUCCUCCUCCUCCUCCUCCUCCUCCUCCUCCUCCUCCUCCUCCUCCUCCUCCUCCUCCUCCUCCUCCUCCUCCUCCUCCUCCUCCUCCUCCUCCUCCUCCUCCUCCUCCUCCUCCUCCUCCUCCUCCUCCUCCUCCUCCUCCUCCUCCUCCUCCUCCUCCUCCUCCUCCUCCUCCUCCUCCUCCUCCUCCUCCUCCUCCUCCUCCUCCUCCUCCUCCUCCUCCUCCUCCUCCUCCUCCUCCUCCUCCUCCUCCUCCUCCUCCUCCUCCUCCUCCUCCUCCUCCUCCUCCUCCUCCUCCUCCUCCUCCUCCUCCUCCUCCUCCUCCUCCUCCUCCUCCUCCUCCUCCUCCUCCUCCUCCUCCUCCUCCUCCUCCUCCUCCUCCUCCUCCUCCUCCUCCUCCUCCUCCUCCUCCUCCUCCUCCUCCUCCUCCUCCUCCUCCUCCUCCUCCUCCUCCUCCUCCUCCUCCUCCUCCUCCUCCUCCUCCUCCUCCUCCUCCUCCUCCUCCUCCUCCUCCUCCUCCUCCUCCUCCUCCUCCUCCUCCUCCUCCUCCUCCUCCUCCUCCUCCUCCUCCUCCUCCUCCUCCUCCUCCUCCUCCUCCUCCUCCUCCUCCUCCUCCUCCUCCUCCUCCUCCUCCUCCUCCUCCUCCUCCUCCUCCUCCUCCUCCUCCUCCUCCUCCUCCUCCUCCUCCUCCUCCUUCG